GUACGUGUGUCAAUUUAGUAAAUUGUAAUGUCAUUAAAGUAAAUCAUGUUCACAGUUUUUAUCGUACAGUGAAAUUAUCACAGAACUUAAUAAUUUAAUUAUUAUUGCGAUUCUGUUAAUCAAAGCUUUAUUCUAAAAUAAAAUGGCUGACACAAAUCCACAAGCCGGCGAUACGGGCCCGCCGAAGGGCAUUCCUGCUCUAAAGGCACACGUCAUAGCGAACAAAGUUGACGUAGCGCUUUGGGGGAUACGUCUCCUCACAGUUCUUUUCACUAUUGGCUAUGUCAUACCUAUAUUUAACAACCCCAUGUCAGCGUUCUUUAAAGCUUUGCUAGCGAACGCCGCGACGUCCGCGCUGCGGCUACACCAGCGCAUCCCGGCGCGGGAGAUCGCUCUGUCGCGGGAGUUCAUCAACCGUUUCUUCCUAGAGGACAGCGCCCACUACCUCUUCUACUCGCUCAUAUUCAUGAAUGUGGCUCCUAAUUUAUUAAUUUUGACGCCAAUAUUUUUGUUUGCUCUACUACACGCGGCGUCCUACUCACUCACAAUCCUUGACACGCUCGGGCAGAACUCGAUGUGGGUGGCGCGGCUGCUCAUCUCGCUGGUGGAGUUCCAGUCGCGGAACAUCCUGCGCGUGGCGGCGCUGGCCGAGAUCGUGCUGUUCCCGCUCGUCGUCACCAUGGCGCUCGUCGGGUACUGCGGGCUGAUGACGCCGUUCGUGUACUACUACUUCGUGACGUGGCGCUACGCGUCGCGCCGCAACCCCUACACGCGCAACACCUUCCGCGAGCUGCGCGUGCUCGCCGAGCGCACGGCCGAGCGGCCCGCGCUGCCCGCGCCGCUGCGCUCCGCCCUCGUCGCCGCCGUGCAGCUCGUGUGCCGCAUGGCGCCGCCCGUCGACCAAGUGCAGCAAUAACGCUCGGAUCGAUACUUGUGCGUGAUGCGAUCGUCGACUACAUCACUGAGUCCAGUUGCAUAUGAGGGUCUUUUAAGACUGCAAAAUAACAUUUUAAGUUUUCGCUUCUCACAGAUUUACUGCGAACAAUUUCUACUAUAGUUAUAACUAAGAGAGCUGUCUAAGGCCGUGGAUAUGACAUGCAAUAAUAUUAAAUGGUACAAUGAAUGUCUACACAAAUGAAAAGUAUAUUAUAAGUACACAAUGUAUUUUUGCAUUUUCACAUGUCUUGGUUGUUAAUAAGUAUUGUAAAUGGGAAAAGUAUGGUAUUAUGUUAAGUUAAUUUUAUUUAAUACUGAGAAGUGAACAAGUUUGGUCCAAUUUAAGUUAGAAAUUAGAUAAAAUAUAAUGUAUUGAAAAAUAUAUCGACGAAUAUAUUUUAUAAAAUAUUUGUCUUUACUUGUAUUUAUUUAAUCAUAUAAAUCUUCGCAUGUAUUGAGUCCGUUAACUGAAGAGCUCGGCGAUCAUUCCAUUUAUAAGCUGGGAAUUCUGAAUUCCUCGAUUUUAAAACUGACAACAUUUUUACGAUGACCUUCAACUUGUUGCCGUUACAUUAUUGUAUUAUAUAUCAAUUGCACAUGGUUUGGGAUGUAUGUAGCCUGGAUUUUUAAAUAAAAUGUUAGUAAGAA